GGCUGCACUGCUGGAAAUGCUCUUAUGGACUCCCUGACUGUUUAAAGAGUGAUGAACUCAUUGAGAGCACAUCUGAUCUUGAUUCUUGACCAAUAAACGACCCAAAGAGGAGAGGUGAAACAAGGAAGAAGAAAGGGAAAGGUUGAGGCCUUGCCUUCUUUUUACCCUCCCAGAAUUACCGUGUUGGUUUUCCCCUAGAAUGCACCAUGCAGCGACUUAGAGGCGCAGGGACCGUAAUUUCGCGCUCUCUACCCGUGACCCAGUUAAGGAAGAAAGCUUUCAGAUCAUGGGCAGCUGUUCAGGACACUUUUUUUUCAACCAAAGAUAUAUUUGAAACGCAUAAGGUUGUAUUUACGGUUGGAACUUCCAUAGCUUCAGUUGCCACAGCAUGGUUUGGAUAUACUUUACGUCAUGUACAUGAAUCAAGAGUUGAUCAAAGGCUCGAAUCAAUCGAAAAAGCUCAGAUGAAAAGCAAUCAUAAUCUGGAACAUUCGGAAAUUAGAAACAUUGUUAAUUCUGGAAGUAUUGGUAUUCCUUCAUGCAUAGCCACUGCCGGAACCACUUUGGUUGUCGGUUACGCUUUGGGUUGGCGAGGUGGAAGGUGGUAUGCAAAUAGGAAGUUCAGAAGGGAGCAGAUGAAAUUGCUAGGGCAAAUUAAACCUAAAAGGUGGCAAUUGCUCAGGAGAUCAUUGAUCAGACCAAGAACUCAAGACAAUGCAGUCAAAACUUUAGAGAAGAUAAAGGACACUCAUACCCCACCUAAUUUUGGAGAAUCGCACCAAUCUUGUUAGCAAGCAUAAAUCAUGACAGAUUUUUGUAUGCUGAGAAAGCCUGAUGGAAAAAAGAUUGUUGAUAGAACUUUAUAGUUGUUAACGGUUUUAUUUUUUGUGCAGGUAUUUAUUGAAACAUAAGAUAAAUGAUGAGAAUCAUAAAAAGGAAUUAGAUUCAGCAUUGCCUUUCUUGUUGUGAAUCAAGAUAUGCGUAAAUGAAUCCGCUUUGUACUCGCUAACUGCUUGAAAUAGACCAGUUGAUGAAUUUUUUUCCUUCUGGUUUCAUUUGAUUCCUGAGCGCAAUCUGUGUGAGAGAUGAGGUACGCUUGCUUAAAGUACCUCGUUUAUGCAGAAAAUGGUUGACUGGAAAUGAAAGUAUUGGUGGUUUUUAACUCUGAUUGGCCACACAGGAGGAAAGUGUUUGAGCCCUUAUUAGUUUGAUAGUUUCUCUCAACCAAAGAAAGUGUCGGGGGUUUUAUGAAGUUUGGCUUUGUUUUUUAUCUCCAUUGUGGCAUGGUUUUGUGAUUAGAGCCUUGUAAAAGGUACCUCGUUUGUUAUUAUGUGCUCUCUCUUUCUCUCUCUGGUCAGAUUAUAAUGUGCUAAAAAUGAAAUCUACAUGAAUGUAAGAACUCUUUUUAUUCGCCAUGUGUGAAAUGAGGCAAUGGGGUUUUAGCUUUCUAUGCCUCCAUUGGCAGUACGUCUUAAUCUCUAACUAAUUAGACAAAACAAACAGUGACAACGUAUGAGUCUCUGGACAUGAACAUGUUUUGGCUUACACUCUUGGACUAGGUUUGAACUAACAGAGGAAAUUCUUUUUAAAAUAUGGAAUCGUGGCAGCGACGAAAUCCGAGGUUGAUGUAGUUUUUAAUUGUUUUAAAUUUGGAAGGGGGUAGGUCCCACGAAGAUGCCUUAGAUUAACUGUGUAGUUUAAACCACUAAGGCAAUCUGUUGACGAAAGGAGGUGUAUGAGCUCAUGUGAACACCCCAAUUCUGUUUUUAUCUGGUUUUUCUGUACCUAUAAAAAAUAUGUAAGAGCCAUAAAGGUGAUUCUAUCAGGAAACAAUUAAUGAAACACAUGACGAAGAUGAUGGGUAAUAACAUUUUAGCCUCUAGUAUUCUAGUCAUUCUUCUUUUCUGUGAGUCAGCAGUUGGAGCAAGAACAAAGCUACUCUCAGCCAAUAAUGGUCAGGAUGCUACUUCUGCAUUGGCUCCAUCUGCCAAUGAUGGCAUCUGUGCAACAAUGGUGGAAACUCAUGGCUAUGCUUGUGAAGAACACACAGUAACAACACAAGAUGGCUAUAUACUCAGUAUGCAGAGAAUUCCAGUUAGAAAGUCAGGGGAGGCAUCCGGAAACCGGAUACCGGUACUUCUACAACACGGGCUGCUGAUGGAUGGGAUAACAUGGCUGCUACUACCUCCUGACCAAUCUUUGGCAUUCCUCUUGGCUGAUAAUGGGUAUGAGGUCUGGCUUGGCAACACCCGCGGCACCAAAUAUAGCCUCGGCCAUACAUCACUCAGUCCCGAUGAUCCGGCUUAUUGGGAAUGGUCAUGGGAUGAAUUGGUCGCUUAUGAUCUUCCAGCUACAUUCCAGUAUGUACAUGAUCAAACAGGACAGAAAAUUCACUAUGUUGGACAUUCACUGGGAACUUUGGUAGCUCUUGGUGCUUUUUGCAAAGACCAGCAACUGACUAGAUUGAGAUCAGCUGUCUUACUUAGCCCGAUUGCUUAUGUUGGUCAGAUACCUUCACCCCUUGCAAGAGCUGCUGCUGAAAACUUUAUUGCUGAGGCAUUAUACAAGACAGAUAUCAGAGAGUUUAAUCCAAAAGGGAAGGCACUAGUCGAAGUUCUCAAGGCUGUCUGCAGUAAACCAGGUGUUGACUGCACUCACUUGUUGACCGCUUUCACAGGCAAGAAUUGCUGCUUAAACUCUUCCAUAGUAGAUGUUUUUCUGGACCAUGAGCCUCAGUCAACCUCAACAAAAAACUUGGUCCAUAUAUCUCAGAUGAUAAGAGAUGGAACAGUUGCAAUGUUUGACUAUAAUAACAAGGAUGAGAACAUGCAACACUAUGGGCAGCCCAAUCCUCCAGUGUACAGCAUGACAAGCAUCCCAAAUGACCUUCCUCUCUUCCUUAGUUAUGGAGGGGCAGAUGCUCUUUCUGAUGUCAAAGAUGUGAAGCUGUUGCUGGCCAGCCUCAAAGAUCAUGAUGGAGAUAAGCUUGUGGUUCAGUACAGAGAUGAUUAUGCUCAUGCAGAUUUUGUCAUGGGUCAAACUGCUAAGCAAGAUGUGUAUGAUCCUCUCAUGGCCUUCUUAAAACUUCAAUGAGAAUAUUUACUCGUCAAAAAGUUCUUUUCCAUUUGACACCGCGCAAAAUUAUACAAAUUCUAGACUUGAAAAUAAUGCCUUGCGGGUUAAGCAGUAUGCAGUACAUGUGUGAGCUUUCUUGUAGUGUAACUUGUUCUUUAUCAGGAAUAUAGUACAAAUAAUUCAAAGCUAUACAUAACAACUAGUGCUGAACAAAAGGAAGUUUCAAAACUUGGUGAACAUGGAAACGGUGGAAACUGUUCCAAGUCUCCAAUAGACAGUGACAGAGCGUGACCAAAAGAAAACCACCCAUUUUAGUUUCAUU